AUGAUUGUAGGGAAGGCACAGAGCACUCACACCAGCUGUGUCUUUAACAGGCACGUCAUGUUACCCAGAGAGCUUUCCAAACAAGUACCCAAAACUCAUCUGAUGUCUGAAGAAGAGUGGAGGAGACUGGGUGUCCAGCAGAGUCUGGGCUGGGUUCACUACAUGAUUCAUGAGCCAGAACCGCAUAUUCUUCUCUUUAGACGACCUCUUCCAAAAGAGCAACAAAAAUGAAGGCUAUCUGGGGAUCGUCAGUUCUUGUUCAAAUUUAAUGUAUAUGUGUAUAUACGGUAGUAUUCAGUGAAUACUUGAAAAAUGUACAAAUCGUUCAUCCAUACCUGUGCAUGAGCUGUAUUCUUCACAGCAACAGAGCUCAGUUAAAUGCAACUGCAAGUAGGUUACCACAAGGUGUUUAAGACAAUUUUCUUCUAGUCAGUUUUUCUCUUAAUAGAAGUGCCUGUUUGACUUUACCUGUUACUUUUGUUAAAUAAAGUUUGUAUGUUGCAUUUA